AUGUCAAUGUGGCGAUGGCUCGUGUCAUGCCUCCCGGUGUUGUCCCAAUUUGGACGGGCGCUCCGUCAAGUGCACUUCUACACCUUCUCGGAUACGAUCCCACAUCCCGGCCUGUGCGUCUUGGCGGAAGCAGCUUCCGAGCUGGGCGGGGUCCUCCGCGUCAUGGGCCUCAGCAAGAGGCCUGGAUACAUCUUGAUCCACAGCCACUCCCCCACUUUGAAGUUCCUCAUGCUCCAGGAGGUUUUGGAGUACGAGGUCAGCAAGAGGCGCAUUGCCUCCGAUGACCUCGUGAUCUUUGCGGACGGCCAUGACGUGUUGCUGCAGCAGCCAUUGGCUGACAUCGUGGCAGCCUACAGCCGCUGGCCGGGUUCGCCGUACCUUAUCUCCGGCGAGCGGAACUGCUGGCCUUGGCCGCACACAGAUCCCUCUCAUGGAGCUUGGGAUUUGACAGAUCGGGCCAGCUUCGGAAAUGUCUCGUGGACCAUCAACCGCUGGAUCAAGUUCGCACCACAGGACUUCUGUCGGAUGAUCAGGGCUGACGGCCCUUACCCGUUUCCCAACAUAGGCCUUUCCAUGGGACCAGUGUCGAGAGUCAUCGAGGUGCUGCGCAGGAACAACAAGAUCGUUCUGGAGGAAGAUGUGAAUGAUCAAGGCGCCAUGUGGCUGGUCAUCAUGCGACAUGCGCUAGAGCUGAACAUUCAGAUUGAUCAACAUGCUGAGGUCUUCAUGAACAUGCUGCAAUAUAGAGCGGGAGAACUUGAGCGAGAACCCUGUGGCGACGGAUGGUUUCGAGGUCCUGGAGCAAGGGGGACACCAAAGAACCUGCUGACGAACACCACACCCGGUCUGCUCCAUUUCAACGGCCCCUCCCACGAGGACGACGUGUGGCCCAGUUGUUUCCAUAGGAUGAAUACACAGUUCCGAAAAGUUGGAGUCGGCCAUGCCUUCUUCGAUGUGGACCACAACAUGAUGGUAGCCACGGAUUACAUCUGCGACUAUAGCUACUAUAACAUCCACAACUUCCACGCCCAUCCUUUGAGCAGCAACGCGAUUCAGUUCCUGGAGGGUUUCUACCGCGUCCCCGUGGAUCCGGGCUUGUUGGCAUGGCGUGGUCAAGAUUCAGCGGUGGAUGCUGUGCGGUUUGGCAGGGAGGCGGACCUGCACGCGAGCUCUCCAUUCCUUCACAAGGAGUUCUUGGUGGCAUUGAGCUAUCAUUGGCCUGCUGCUGUGCAGCUGGGAACAGUCAUCGACUUCGUACAUUUGCCCUGGAAGAAGCUGGCGGUCGUGAACUUCACGUCGCCCAAGGCAUGCCAGAGUUGCUUUCAGGUCCUGGCACAAGCAAAGGGGAGGUCGAACAUGCUGAUCUCGGACUUCAAGCAAGCAGAGCAUCAGGGCUUGUCGGAGAACUUGGCCCUCUUUCUCACCAAAGCCAUCACGUUGAACUCUGACUCGCAAAGCAAGCCCCACGUGUUCUCGAACGGAACGGAGAUACCCUUAUCCAUGGCAUGUGCCAAAUUCUUACCCCCGGAGAUGGUGCUGCCAGAGAUUGCUUCAGCAGAGGAGACAGAGCCGUGCGUCCUGGAGAACACGUCCUUUGAAUUCCCUCCAGGCCUCAAGCACAGCUCAGUGAAGUCGCAGUUCAGGGCAAAAGAGUCCGGAAUCUGCAUCGGUGAAGAUCUCCUCGACUGUGUGCAUGUUGGAAUCUCUGCAGCAAGAUCACAGGAGAAGAAGGAGAUAUCGUGUUCCGGCUGUGAGUGUUCGCGGGGCACCCAGCACAUGUUCCUGUGCUCCGAGACGAUCGUCGGGUUUCCGGUGGUGCGAGAUGAGGAGAGCAAGUCACAGUGGAGCUGUGCACUCCGCAUGCGGCUCCAAACCCCGGUUGCCGAGAGGCGGGAUCUGGAAAAGAGGUUCACCCAAACGAAUCAAAUGUCUAGGCCCAAGAUUUUCCCCGAAGUCAGCCCAAGUGUAGCUGCAAAGCUCUGGUGUCGGCCUCCGGGCCUUCGUAGGCAUCACGGCCAAGCGGUUGGCUUCCCCCCAUCCUUCAAAACGCCGAAUCUCACGAGAGGCAGUGGCAAGCGACUUUUGAGAACUCCAGAACGAUUUCUGCACCAGGGACGACUUCCACCUGAUGGACCUCCGGCUGCAGAGCCCUUCGAGAAGUCGAUGCGGGUCGUGUGCCCGAUCAAAUCAGUCUGGGCAGAGUACGCCGCAGAACCGGGCAUUGUCCACUCCGUCGACUUCGACGACGAGGAUGCACAGCACCUUGAGCUGCAAGUGAAGUAUCAGCAGAAGUUAUCGGAUCGUUUCAGAUUUCUGAGCCAAGGUUUCCAUCACCAGCGAAUCAAGUCGGCACGCCUGGAAAUGUGGGCACUCCACACCAAGCAAGCAGCAACCGGGGCACGCCUGCCCAUCGAAACGGCCCAAGUCCAAGCGUCCUGGCAGAUGCCUUUGGCAAAUUACUUGCCGAUAGACUUUGAGUCGGAGAUUGACCGCAUCGUGUGCAGCGCGAGGGAUUCCGGAAGACUGCAGACCGGGCAGGUCCGACUCAAUGUGGGCACGGCUUCCUCUUCCUCGUUGACUAAGCUGCUGACGCUGUCGCACGCGCAAAGGAGCGGCCUCAUCCUGCAUUUAGCAGCCCAUGGCGACGAGGCUGGUGGUCUCAUUCUGGAGAGCACGAAGGGAACAGGAGAAGUCCAUAGCUGCAGCCAUGAGAAGCUCAGAAAGAUCUUGAACGUGGGGGGACGUGGCCUGCGUGGUGUUUCUCUGGUCUUCCUGAGUUCCUGCAGCUCAAAGAAACUCGCACAAGUCUUUAUCGACUGCGGCUGUCAGCACGUUAUUGCGACAAACAGGACAGUUCUCGAUGCCACCGCGCGAGCUUUCACUGAGCGCUUCUACGGUGCCCUUUUCGUUGGGAAGUCGAUUGCAUCAGCUUUCGAGCACACGAAGGAAGCGCUGCUCGCCAGUUCACACCCCGAGGUGGCAGAUCAGUCGAAUGCCUUCCUUUUGCUCACGAACCAUGACAGACUGGAAGGCGGCGACUGUCCGUGCACCGGCGAGGGCGAUGGGUCGUGGCAGCUCAUGGAGUGUCUAGAGAGGCCGUCGUCGGUUCUCAGCCAACGCGACACCGAUAUCGAGGGCUUCCAGGAGGCAUGCAGCUUCCAGGACAAGCUGACGUUCCUCCCGCCCCAGGUGGAAGACUUCUUUCGUCCACCGGUCAUGCAGCAGGUCUUGAUGCUUCUUCGUAACCGUCGAGCCUGUGCUCUACAUGGCCCGGAGGGCAUCGGGAAGACCGCACUGGGUGUGGAAAUCGCCCGAUUUGCUGCAAGCCCGGGCAGGCUGUUUUCCAGCAAUGUGCUCCACGUCCAACUGGAUCAGAAGAGCAGAGCUGUCAAGACUGUCAAGGAGUGCGUCGACUUUUUCAUGGCCAGGGCUGGACCAUGCUCGGUGGCAGAAGCGCCGGAGGGUAACAGCCGCUGCGUUGUUUGGCAGCUCCAACAGCUAGAGCGGUUCAGAUCUCAUGCCCCAAUCCUCCUGGUGCUGGACGACGAAUGCCACGCUCUGGAACAAAGCAACUCUUUACGAGGUCUGCUGGCCGAAGUGCUGCGCAAGACUCAUCGUGUGACGCUGCUGCUUUGCUCCCGAUCCCCAUUGCACGAGUCAUUGGCGGACACAAAGGUAGUGAACAUUGAGCUCGCUGGACUUGACGAACAGCGAUGUGCUAGCCUCCUGCUACGGCGUGUGCAUCGCCCGCUGGGCCCAGCGGACUUCCUUGAUUCGGAAAAUCUCUCCGAGGACAGAACGCGGGCGCAGCUGCGGCAGGCGGCGGAGGUCGCAAAGCUCCUCGUUGCCAGCAAGGUCCUUGUACCACUGGCUGGGAAUCCAGGACUCGUCCGGCAAGUGGGCUCUCAAAUCUACCCCGGUGGACCUCCACUGCGAGAGGUGGUACAGGAAACGGUCCUAUCACCGCCACCACCGGCCACGAGAGACGUGAGCAGAAAUUCGUUGCAAUGA